AUGCGAGAACACCACCUGUACGUUACCUCGCUGGAGGAGUACGAGCCAAAUCGUGAAUUCGUUGGGCGGAAUUUUAAUGCAGGCGAAGUCGUUCAACUCGUGCUAAAGUCGCCUAUUACUGGCCGCUGGUUACCAUUCAACUAUGUGCAAAUGGUCAUGAUGCAUGAGCUGGCACAUUGCAAGCAAAUGAAUCAUUCAAGAGCAUUCUGGACCGUUCGAAACUUGUACGCUUCUCGGAUGCACGAGCUUUGGUCCAAAAACUAUACCGGAGACGGCCUCUGGGGAAGGGGUGCUAACCUUGCCACUGGUGAAUGGGAAAAGAAUAGCGUGCUGGCUGAUGAGGUUCUACCAGAGCAUCUUUGCGGAGGUACUUACAGAUCACGUCGCAAGAGACGGGUCAAGCCACAACUGUCUUACCAAGAGCGAAAGGAAAGGCGAGUCUUAAAGAAGUUUGGCAAGAAUGGGGUUGCUCUCGGUGCCGAUGAAGAAGAAAAGGUCAAGUUGGAGAGUGGCAGGAAGAUUCAAGCAAAACCUCGGGUUGCUGGAAGCAUGAGAGGACGCGAGCUCCGAGCGGCCGCGGCACUCGCUCGCUUCGAAAAGCAAAAGACAGAGCUCGAGACUCUCAAAGAUAAUGACGAGACAGAUUCCGGGAGUGGCAGCGAAUUUGAGGAUCAGCCUGGAGAAGAUUCUAGGGAUGCUGUCGAUGUGAAUGGUAAGAAACUACUUGAUGGACAAGGCCACGGCAUGGUCAAAGUCUGUGACGAUGAGGAUGGAGAUGAUCCUGGGGCCGAGGAUGAGUGUCGAGAGCUUCAAAGAAUGAUUAGGAGCAUCAAACGGGAGUCGCCUGAGCCGCAAGUUACAGAACCACCUCAAGAACCUAGGCCUCAGGUUCUCAACAACCAAUCACCGCCAACAGCGGUACCUGCUAGUACUGUCAAGGCAGAACCUGUCAGAGGAUCUAAACAGCUCAAGAUACCAACGGCAUCGAUAGCCAGUGCAACAGCCACGAUCGGGUCCCGAGUUUCGCCCCCUCGAGGUUCAGCUCAGCCAGUCGAAUCGACAAGCAACCAGGCACGCUCUGGCGGAACUUGCUCCAUGUGCUCUUACGACAAUUCUGGUUUAUCACUUACAUGUGCAAUGCUCGUGGCAGUGUUCAAGCGACGCGUGUAA